AUGAGCAUCAGGACCCCACCCACACUCCUGCAGCUGGCAGGAAAACGCCUGCUGAGAGACCAGGCCUUGGCCAUCGCAGCUCUGGAGUACCUGCCUGCCGAGCUCUUCCCACAACUGUUCAUCCUGGCCUACCGUCGUAGACGCCACAAGGAGUCCCUGAAGGCGAUGGCACAAGCUUGGCCCUUCACUGUCCUCCCUCUGGGGGGAUUGAGGCAUCGACUUCGAGUUAAUAUCUUAAAAACUGUGUUGGAUGGGCUUGAUGUUCUGCUUGCCCAGGAGGUUUGCCCCAGGAGGUGGAAACUGCGGGUGUUGGAUUUAAGGAACCUGGGUGCAGACUUCUGGAGAAUGUGGUGUGGAGACAGCACCCAAGAGCCCCCACCGAUUUGUCCAGUGGAUGUGCACAGGUCCAGCCCCAACAUAGAGCACCCCUUAACUCCCGUGGAGGUGUUCCUAGACCUUAACUUCAAGGAAAGGGACAGAGAUGAGUUUUUCAUGUACGUCAUCCAAUGGGCCCAGCAGAGGGAAGGGCUGGUACACCUGUGCUGCAAGACACUGAGGAUUGCUGCGGUGCCCUUCCAGAGGGUGAGGCAGGUCCUGGAUGCGGUGCAGUUGGUCUGUAUCCAGGAGGUGGAACUGAAGUGCACCUGGGACCUGCCCACACUGAGGAUGUUUGCUCUUUACCUGGGGCAGAUGAGGAACCUGCAGAAACUCUCUCUCUCCCACAUCCAUAUAUUGGGUGAGGAGGAAGAGGUGGAAGAACAGGAGGAAGAUGUCCAAGAGUGCCUGAAGACCCCCUUGGAAAAAUUCACCAUAAGUCAUUGCCGGUGCCUGACCAAUUUAGACCUGACACACCUGUUCCUGAGCCCGCACCUCAGGCAACUGAAAUCCCUGACUCUGUAUUGUGCCAGCCUCGCUGAUUUUAGUCCCGUGUUCCUCCGAGCUCUGCUGGAGGCAGUGACACCCCCCCUCCAGGCCCUGAGCCUCGAUAAGUGUGCCAUGGUGGACUCCCAAGUUGAGGCCAUCCUGCCUGUCCUGAGCCGCUGUCACCAGCUCAGUUUCUUCACCAUCACUCAGAACCGCCUGUCCUUGGCCACCGUGGGGAAGCUGCUGCGCCACACAGCCGGGCUGCGCAGCUUAGAGCUGGAGUUGUACCCCGUCCCCCUGGAGUGUUACACGACCCAGGGCACUGUCAACAUGGAGAGACUUGCCCUGGUCCGGGCUGAGCUGACAGGAAUACUGAGGGAGUUAGGAAAGAGCAGGAUGAUCCUGCUUGUCAACAAGCACCGUGGCUACCCGGAAUAUUAUGAUGUGGAAUUUUCAUGCCAGCUAGACUGUUCUGUGCCCCUGUAA